GUUUGUUUAUAUAUUAUAUGUUAACAUAAAGUAUUGAAUAAGUUCAAACGACAUGUGUCACAUUUUACAAAUGACGUUAUGUUAACUAAAAACCAUUUUCACAGUUAAUUCUUUAUCCUUUAUAUAAAAAAAAAAUCCUCUAUAUUCUUUGAAUAAGUUUCAGAUUAUUGUGAUGUUAUUGAAUACACCAUGGAUGCAUUCCCUAGAUUGCGAGAACAUCAACAAAAUUUGAAUGCAUGCGUGCAGAUGGACGAAAUUGGGAACGAGCUUCUAAAGUUUUUAGCGCAAUAUCCAUGUGCAUUAUUUUAUUGUGGGAAUGUUGAAAAGCAAAUGAAUGUGUUUUAUCAACGGAAUCUCCGAAAAACACAGAAAACCACGUUGUCACCAGAAUUAAACACAGCUGACGGAACCAGUAUGCCAAAUGUUUUUCUGUGUGUUUUGACAGGGGAAUAUGGUCAUCUAUCGAGCAUUGACACUGCAUGUCUUCAAAAAGUCAAAAAAGAGUUGUCUGAUCAUUGGAUUGACAAGGCAUUGUUCGUGGUAACUGCAACAUCGUUUUCUGGAUCCCUGAGAAAUUUUAACACACUUAGUUAUGAAAUCGGUAAAGAACUCGGUAUUGAUAUGAAAACUUUAACCUUUCGUAUUUUCAAAGACAAAGAUGAAGACAUAUUUGAAAGAAUGUCCCUCUACUUUGAGCAAGAGCUUGUAGAAAAACGAUAUGAUUUGAGUCGACAUCUACAAUCCCUUGGAUCUGAUAUUACAUUGGCUCUACAGCAUACGUUAUCUCCAUCGUUUACGGAAAGACUUAAACGAAUCUUACUGGCAGGACCUUUGGGAGUGAGCCUUCUUGAUAAAUUGAAGGAUGCUUCAAGGUCAUAUGAAUGGGAGAAAGAAUCAUUCACUCGAAACAAAGCAACUGUUACAGAAGCAGCAGACAAAAUCGCCAGAUUUGCAUGCGAAACAUUAGGGAGAGAGAUAGUUGAAACCUUAAUCCGUCAUUUCACUCGUGAAAUGCUUUCUAGCAAUCAGGAUUUCUCUAUUGCAAUAUUCAGGUACAUCAAUCUAAAAGACAUCGGCUCAACAGUUCUGAAAGAUCUUUUGAUUGCCUUAUUCAGCUUGUUUUUUGGUCCAGUUGGAUGGCUUAUAAGUGCAAUAAUAAUCUUUUUCUCAGGAACUGAGAUCAACAGUAUAUCUUUCAGAGAUGAAGUUGCUUGUAAAAUGAUAACCCAGAUACACCAAAAUAAAGAUAAAAUAAUACAAGAAGUAGUCAAAAAGUUCCGUUCUGAUGUAAUACCAAGAUUUAAGGCGAUCCAAAUAGCUCUGGAAAACUCUGACAUAGAACUACGUCGAAUUUUUGGUGAAAAGGAACAUUUGAUCAGAAAGGAGAGUAUAGAACAUGAAUUCCAAACAAUUGCUGGAAAAAACGAACUAAUUAGAAAUUUCAAAUUUGAAGAUGAUACAUUGAAGAUAUAUGCUAGUGGUGAUGAGAAAAACUACGCAGAUGUCAAAGAGUUUGUGGAUACAUAUUUCCGACCUGACGUAAGGACGCAAGUAAUCAUGGAUUAAAAUACUGAAGGAAUCUAACAUAUCCAGAGCUAUCAUGUUAUGUGUUUGAACUUUCAUAUUUUUGUUCAAAAUUUAAAAAUAACAAAUACAUAAUUUGUUGUAAUGAUUGAUAGACUUAAAUCUAUAAGUAUUUUUGUUUUCUGUAUGAUUGCCGCUUCAGUUUUAGCUGGUCCGGAUUAGAUCAAAAGGUGUCUUUACCAUUUAUUGUCUUACAGGUAAAGAAUUAUUUCAAACUCAUUUUAAUGAAUGCAAUGCAGCGGUCGAUCUUAAGACUUUCAGAGUAAACGACGUUAUUGAACAAUCUGUUCUUACUGUGACGCAAUAACAUAAACUGAUAAAAUCAGAAAUAUGUAGGAGAUGCACAAAUAAAAAUGUGAUCAAUUAUUUGAUGUAGAUAUAUAUAAGAUGCAUGCCCGCUGAAGCUUGUUUGUCUAGCAAAAUAUUGCGUUUAUUUUUUAUCGCAUUGUCAAUAUAUCUUUUAUAUUCUAAUAUUCACAUACUUGAUUAUGUGUUAAAAUCACAUUGUUAGACAUUCAUAUACUGAAGGGAGUGAGGAAAAGGAAGAUUUUGAAUAUGAAUAUAGUCUAUUGGAUAGAUAGAAGCAUAAAAUUGAUACGGAUAUUCUUCAAAACAAAAUUGAGGAUAUAUUUUUUUUUAAUUUGAUAUAGUUUAUGAAUUUUCUAAUGUUUGUAUUACACGUAUUAAAUAUACUUAGAUGGUAUAGUAUGCCA